CAAAGACGACGGUGCAGGACGAUGAGGGUGAGGAUAGUCUCCUGCUCUGUUGCUAGCUUCCCCUGCUUCUUCUUCCUCCUCGUCUUGUUCUUUUCUUGCUCCGCUUCGCAAGAGCAACAAGUCGUUGGACACGGGUACGAUCUCCGAUCGGUAGGCGUCGAUCCUUCCGGGAAGACGUUGACCGCUGAGCUCGGGCUGAUUCAGGAGACGUCGGUUUAUGGAGCCGACAUUCCAAAGCUCGGUCUCUUGGCCAGCUUUGAGACCAGCGAUCGGCUACGAGUCCGAAUCACCGACGCCGACCACGAAAGAUGGGAAAUCCCUCAGCACAUCAUCCCUCGCGAGCCACAGGCAUCUCUCCGCUCCAUGCUGGAAACCGACCGGUCUCAGUCUCCGCCGGAGAGUCAUGUCCUCUCCAGCUCAGACUCCGACCUCGUCUUCACCCUCCAUGGAACGUCCCCUUUUACGUUCACCGUUUCCCGCCGCUCCACGGGCGACCUGCUCUUCGAUACGCUCCCCACGGUUGUCUUCAAGGACAGUUACCUGGAGAUCUCGUCGUCGCUCCCGGCGGACAGAGCAUCGAUCUAUGGACUCGGGGAGCACACCAAGAAGUCGUUGAAGCUAGUCCCAGAUGACACGUUUACCCUGUGGAAUUCAGAUAUCCCUGCGUCAAUUCCUGAUCUGAAUCUGUAUGGGUCUCAUCCGUUCUACAUCGACGUCAGAUCAUCGUCUCCCGACACGACGUAUCCGCCGGGGAUCACCCACGGAGUGCUCCUCCUGAACAGCAACGGGAUGGACGUCAUAUACGGAGGAUCUUACAUCACCUACAAAGUGAUUGGAGGAGUACUCGACUUCUACUUUUUUGCAGGGCCAUCGCCAUUGUCGGUGAUGGACCAGUACACCGAGCUCAUCGGCCGGCCGGCUCCGAUGCCGUAUUGGUCGUUUGGGUUCCACCAGUGCAAAUACGGCUACAAAAACUUGUUCGAGCUUGAAGAGGUGGUUGGAGGGUAUGCCAAGGCCAGGAUACCGCUGGAGGUAAUGUGGACCGACAUCGACUACAUGGACGCAUUCAAAGAUUUCACUCUCGAUCCCAUCAACUUCCCAGCGGAUAGGAUGAAUGAAUUCGUCGACAAGCUUCACGAGAAUGGGCAGAAGUAUGUGGUCAUAAUAGAUCCAGGUAUCAGCGUCAACUACACAUACGAUACGUUUGUGAGAGGGAUGGAACAAGAUGUCUUCUUGAAGAGAGGCGGAAGCUACUACCUUGGUAAUGUCUGGCCCGGACCAGUCUACUUCCCGGACUUCCUCAACCCAGCGGCUGCUAAAUUCUGGGCUCAAGAGAUCGGCAUCUUUAGGAAGACGCUUCCGGUGGACGGCCUGUGGGUCGACAUGAAUGAGAUAUCCAACUUCAUUACCUCUCCGCCGCUGAAUUCGCUGGAUGAUCCUCCUUACAGCAUCAACAACGCCGGCGUGCGGCGGCCCAUCAACACCAAGACAGUCCCCGCAUCUGCGACUCACUACGGGAACGUGUCGGAGUACAACGCCCACAACCUGUAUGGCUUUCUGGAGUCGAGGGCGACCCAUGACGGGCUCAUCGGAUCCACAGGGAAGAGGCCGUUUGUGCUAAGCCGGUCGACCUUCGUGGGUUCGGGGAAGUAUGCAGCGCACUGGACCGGCGACAAUUUCGCGACAUGGGAAGAUCUUGGGUACUCUAUACCGUCGAUUCUCAACUCUGGUCUGUUCGGGAUCCCCAUGGUCGGGGCAGACAUCUGCGGCUUCGGCGGUGACACCACUGAGGAGCUGUGCCGGCGGUGGAUUCAGUUAGGUGCAUUCUAUCCAUUCUCGAGGGAUCACUCGGCCAUCAUGACGUCUCCACAAGAGCUCUACGUCUGGGAUUCCGUCGCCCUUUCCGCGAGAAAGGUGCUCGGACUCCGGUACCGUCUUCUUCCCCAUAUCUACACCUUGAUGUACGAGGCACACGUCAAGGGCGCGCCUAUAGCGCGACCAGUGUUCUUCUCAUUCCCUGAAGACGCAACGACCUACAACAUCAGCACACAGUUUCUGAUCGGAGCAGGAGUGAUGGUUUCCCCGGUACUGAAGCCGGGGGCCGUCGAGGUCGAUGCAUACUUCCCAAAAGGCAAGUGGUUCAACCUAUUCAACUACUCGCAGUCGGUGACGAGCAACUCCGGCCAGUAUGUAACGCUUGACGCCCCGCAAGACGCCAUCAACGUUCAUGUCGGAGGUGGGAGCGUCUUGGCGAUGCAAGGCGAGGCCCUGACCACACAGUCGGCGCGGCAGAGUCCGUUCGAGCUCCUGGUGGUGCUCGACGAGGACGGAACCGCGGCAGGGGAGGUGUUUCUGGACGACGGGGAGACGGUGGAGAUGGCAGGGGAGGAGAGCGAGUGGAGCUUGGUGAGGUUUAGUGCGGAGACAGAAGGGAAAGGCCCGAAGCUAAGAUCACAAGUGGUCAACGGCGCAUACGCAUCGAAGCACAGGCUGGUAGUGAACAAGGUGGUGAUCCUUGGCAUGGAGUUGAAGGAAACAUCUAAAGUAUCUGUGAAAUCACUGGGAGCAGGCAAUACCUCAGAGGUAAGUGUUGCACACCAGAAAAAUGGGAGGUUUAGUGUGGUAGAGAUAAAGAGCCUGUCUCUGCUCAUGGGUGAGGAGUUCGAGCUACAGAUCGAGGUCGAAGCUUAGAAGAAGAAGAAGAAGAAGCGAGGACAAAAGCUAUGAAUAAGUUUUCCAUUUUUCUUUCCUGGGAAAGGAUUGAAAUGGUUGUGGUGGAACAGCAGCAAAACAAAUAAUUACAUUUCUUGA